AUGGCUCUCUUCUUUUCUUCUAAAAACAACCCAGCAUUUCUCAUUCUCUUCUUUUUAUCAUCUCUUCUCUUUCUCACUACCCAACAAUGCAACCAUCACCACUUCUCUGCUUUGCUCGACUUAAAGAAUGGCCUUGACUUCCCUGCUCUUUACACCCUCUCUACUCUCCCCUCUUGGAAUUCGAACAAUCCCGAUUGCUGCUCUUGGGAAGGCAUCACGUGCGAUGGACCCACUGGUCACGUGAUCAGCCUCGACCUCAGUGAGCUCUCUAUCUUUGGUCUCUUCUUUUUAUCAUCUCUUCUCUUUCUCACUACCCAACAAUGCAACCAUCAUCACUUCUCUGCGUUACUCCACCUCAAGCAUGGUUUUAACUUCACUGCUUCCACCCUCUCUACUCUCCCCUGUUGGAAUUCAAACAAUACCGAUUGCUGCUCUUGGCAAGGCAUCACGUGCCAUGAGGUCACUGGUCACGUGAUCAGCCUCGACCUCAGUGGCCUUCGGAUCAGGGGUCGGAUUGAUUUUGAAAGCCUCUUUCAUCUUCGGAGCCUGCAGAAGCUCAACCUCGCCUACAAUGGGUUUGAUCCCUCUCCAUUCCCUUAUGGGUUUGACCAGCUCACCAGUUUGACCCAUCUCAACCUCUCUCACUUAUCCUUUUAUGGCCAAAUCCCACUGGAAAUCUCCCGCUUGACCACUUUGGUUUCUCUCGAUCUUUCUGGCAAUCAAUAUUGGAAUGGUUCUGGAUUUCAAUACCUGAAACUCGAAAACCCAAGCAUUGGAGCAGUCGUCCAAAACCUGUCCAAUCUGAGUGAACUCUAUCUGGACUGGGUAGACAUCUUACUGCAGGGCCAGACCUUAGAUUUGCCACUCCCUACUCUCCGCAAGUUGAGCUUAAUAGAUUGUCUUCCUUCAGGUUCCAGAUAUUCUUCCCUUUCGCACCUCCAUUUCUUAACUGAACUCGACCUCAGCGGAAACAAUCUAUCCUCUGCAGUGCCCAGCUUCCCAGGGAGUCUCCGCAAGUUGAACUUACGAUAUUGUGGUCUUUCAGACUCCAUCUUUUCUUCCCUUUCACAGCUCCAUUUCUUAUCUGAACUCGAUCUCAGUGAAAAUUACGAUGUCUCCUCUGCAGCGCCCAGCUUCCCAGGGAGUCUCCGCAGGUUGUUCUUACAAGAAUUGCCCAGUUUCCCAGGGAGUCUCCGCAAGUUGAUAUUACAAGAAUGUGGUCUUUCAAGCUCCAUCUAUUCUUCCCUUUCACAGCUCCAUUUCUUAUCUGAACUCGAUCUCAGUCGAAACAAUCUCUCCUCUGCAGUGCCCAAUUUCAUAGGCAACUUAUCCUCCUGGACAUCCCUGCUCCUUACAGAGUGUGGAUUGCAUGGAAAAUUCCCUGACAGUGUUUUCCAGCUGCCAAAUCUACAAAUCAUCGACAUAUCAGACAAUCCACUUGUAGCUAUCAAUUUGCCGGAGUUCCCUCAAAACAAUACUCUACAGCGAUUGAUCCUUUCAUACACUGGAUUCUCAGGAAAGUUACCAGAUUCUCUCGGUAAUCUCAAAUUCUUGACUCAUUUAGCCCUCAGGAAUUGCAACUUGUCAGGAUCAUUACCAUCCUCACUUUGGAACCAUACCAAACUGCAAUAUCUGUAUCUUUCAUCCAAUAAAUUGAGCGGUCUGAAUCUCAAAGAAAUCAUCUUACGGAAUAAUUUGCUCAAUGGGACCAUUCCAUCAUCAUUGCUUUCACUUCCAUCAUUACAAAGGUUGGAUCUGGGAGGUAACCAACUUAGCGGUCAACUUGGCGAGUUCCACUCUUCUCCACAGCUGGAGAACCUCUAUUUGGAUAGCAAUAAAUUUCAGGGGAUGAUACCCAGAUUUAUCUUUCAACUUACCAACCUUCGAGAACUUUACCUUUCUUCCAAUGAUUUCAGUGGUGUUGUGGAGCUAGGCUUAUUUCAAAACCUCAAAAACCUUUACUCUCUGGAUCUUUCAGAUAACAACUUGUCAGUCCAAUAUGGCAGCGGUAAUUCCACAUUUGUUUCCAUCCCCCAGUUUCAAUCUUUGUUGUUACGUUCUUGCAACAUCAGCACAUUUCCAAAUUUCUUGAGAAAUCAAGAGAAGUUGGUGGAAUUGGACCUCUCCUACAAUAAAAUUAGUGGUGAAAUACCCAAAUGGAUAUGGGAGGUUGGCAAUGGGUCUUUAAUCUCUUUAAAUCUUUCUCACAACGUUCUGCAGGGAAUAAAACCAUCUCCCCAUCUUUUGUUGAGUGACUCUCGCGUUAUUGACCUUAGCUUCAACAUGUUGAAAGGUUCACUUCCAAUCCCAUCACCCUCCGUUGUAUUCUUUUCAGUUUCAAACAAUAGCCUUGGUGGUGAAAUCCCUCGAUCAGUUUGCAAUGCAACAUCCCUAACAGUCCUUGAUUUAUCUCACAAUCACUUCAUUGGUCAGAUUCCACCAUGUUUGGGUGAGAUUGGUGAUGCCCUGUCUGUGUUGAAUCUUCAAGGAAAUGCUUUCAAUGGCACCUUACUUCAGACAUUUAAAGAGGGAUGCAACAUACAAACGCUUGAUCUCAGCAGGAAUCAAUUAGAGGGCCCAGUGCCAAGGUCUUUGGCUAAUUGCAAAAUGUUGGAGGUAUUAAACCUGGGAAACAAUCAAAUACAUGACACCUUCCCUUUAUGGUUGGGAACUUUGUCCCAGUUGCGUGUUCUCGUCUUGAGAUCCAACCAAUUUCAUGGCACCAUUGCGCAUCCUCUAACAAAUCACCCUUUCCCACUGUUACAAAUUUUCGACCUCUCUUUCAAUAGCUUUGAGGGUAAUUUUCCAUCAAAUAUGUUCAAGAGCUGGAAGGCAAUGAUGGAAGAUGACAAAUCCCAAUCUUUGGUCCUUGGCAAAAUGAUAGACAGAAACGGAAGUUCCAUAUACUAUCAAAACAAAGUGUCUUUAGUCAGCAAAGGGCUACAGAUGGAACUAGUAAAGAUCCUUACAGCCUUUACUGUAGUGGAUCUCUCGGAAAACAAAUUUCAUGGGGAUAUCCCAGAAUCAAUUGGGGAUCUAAAGUCACUCCUUGUGCUCAAUAUGUCCAACAAUGAUUUAACCGGCAGAAUUCCAACAUCAUUUCAGAAUCUAAGGGAUCUAGAGUCAUUAGAUCUCUCACAUAAUAAAUUGUAUGGAGAGAUCCCUUGGCAGCUAACAGAGCUAACAUUCCUUGCAGUAUUGAAUCUCUCACAGAAUUUUCUCGUGGGAAAAAUACCACAAAGCCGGCAGUUUCUUACAUUUAAUAGCGAAUCAUUCAAAGAGAACUUUGGAUUGUGUGGACCUCCACUAUCAAAGAAAUGCGAAGAUGCAGAGAGUGCACCACCGUCCGCUCUAUUAACAUUGCAAUUUGAAAGGAAAUAUGACUGGGAAUUAAUGUGGAUAGGAUUUGGAGUUGGACAUGGAGUAGGUGUAGGGAUGCUUUUCUGGACCCUAGCACUUUGGAGGAAGGGAAGGAGAGAAUUCUAUAUAUUUAUUGAUAGAAUGCUUUCCUUAAUUUUUCCUUCCACGGUGUUUCCUCGAUAG